AUGAACGGACCUCCAAAAAUUUCUUAUAUAAAAUAUGAUAAACAUGCAUUUUUCACUUAUUCUUCGAAGGAUAUCAAAACCUUUCAACAUGGUUAUCUCGGCAUUGGCCCAUCCUUCAUAGCUGGAAAUUUUCAUCUUCAUUAUCCUAUUAAUAAACCUUUAUAUUUGAAAAAAGUUGAAAUUUCUCUAAUUGGUCAAGAAUCUACCUUGUGUGAAAGCAUAUUUAAACGAUUUCAUGAAAAAUUUAGUCGAGUCUUUUGUCAUUAUACCUAUAAUGCUUGGGAGAAUUUGGACUAUCAGCCUGUUACCAAUUUGAAUUUGAGGUUUAACAUCAAACUUGAGGAUGAUCUUCCGAGUUCGUUUAAUAUUGAUUAUAAUAUUUAUGCAAGCAUAAAUUAUAUCCUGGAAGCAAGAAUAAUAACUAAUAAGAAUGUUGAAAAGAUUAUUUCAGUAAAGUGUCAGGUUAAUCGAUGGUGUUUGCCUGCUGAAACUUUGGAACGACCGAUCAUUAUGAAAUGUCCAGAUUAUGAUAAAGCAUUCAAAGAAUAUAAAGUUGGUGAUACCAUGGUAAAAUGCGAGUUAAAAAAAUUUUUAUGGAGUAUGGGUGAUGAUAUUUCAAUGUGUGUCAAUUUGACUUCCUUGAAAUCAACAAUGACAGAUUUAAAUAUUAUAAAGAUCAAACUUCAAUUAAUUGAAUUACAAUGUAUUGUUAAGAAUAAUACUAUUAUAGCUGCUAAUAAAAUCGAAUCUACUAAAGUUAUAAUCGACAAGAAGAAACUUUCUACCUUAUCACAACCUUCAGGAAGCAAAUACUCAUUUGAAGUUGGAAUGAAAAUACCUUCAAAAAAUAAUACGAAAUUUACACCUCUAAAUAUUUAUACAAAAGCAUUUCAACGUAUUCUGAUAGCACAUAGCUUGAAAGCAAAGAUUGAAUUUAAGAAUGGUGACCAUUUUGUCUUUCAAGGUGAUAUUGGAAUUAUUAAUAGCUUAACUCCAAAAGAAAUUAAGGAAGGAAAGGAAAUAGGUCUUAUUUAUUCUGAGAAAUCUUGA